AUGGACGGAAUUCGUUUGGUGCCAGACAUCUCCUGGGCAGGCGUUUCGUGGCCCCAGCUCCUUGGCGUCGGGUUCGCAUUGUGGCUGCUCUAUGGAGGCUUGCUUGCCAUCUACCGCGUCACGCUCCACCCGCUGGCAAAGUUUCCCGGACCGAAGCUUGCCGGAGCAACUUUUUGGUACGAAGUAUGGUAUGAUGUGGUGCUUUGGGGCCGCUUCACUCAUGAGAUCAAGCGAAUGCACGAGAACUAUGGUCCCAUCGUUCGAAUCAACCCUGACGAGGUGCAUUGCAAUGACCCAGAGUUCGUGGAAGCCAUCUAUGCGAAUGGCGCGAAGAAACGCAACAAGUCAGAGAUGUUUGUCGCUGGUUUUGCCAAUGAUUGGGUGAUCAAGCCGCUCUCUGCCAAGAUUGGGCUCCUCAUGGAAACGGUCAAGAUCAAGCUCCCAGAGCUGGUUAGGCAAAUGAAAGCAAGGCACGAAAACGGCAUCAAAAGAGAUCGCGUGACAGUGCUGCACUCGUUGCUCGAGUCGGAUCUGCCACCGGAAGAGCUCACCGUUAAGCGACUAGCCGGAGAAGCAAAUGUGUUCCUUUCUGCAGGAACCGAGACAACGGCAUCGGCUCUUACCAUAUGCACGUACCAUCUGCUCAGAAAUCCUGACGCCGUCGCCAAGAUCAGGGCGGAGCUUGCAACCGUGAAAGCCGACCCCAAGGAGCUUCCCAGCUGGGCGACACUUGAAGGCCUCCCAUAUUUCAACGCUGUCCUGAUGGAAUCUCUCCGGCUGAUGUACGGGUCGCCAUCAAGACUGCCAAGAGUCGCACCCGAUGAAGACGUGGUGUACCAGGGCACGUGGACACCUCCGGGCGGGUCGGCGCCGGUCGACGUUUCUCACGUCAUUCCGCGGGGCUAUGCGUACGGCAUGUCGGCGUAUAUCAUGCACACGGAUGAGCGGCUCUUUCCGGAGCCCUCCAAGUUCCUCCCGGAGAGGUGGCUCGACGAGAAUGGCCAGCGAAAGAAGGGGCUGGAGCGGUUCCUGCUUACGUUCUCCAAGGGAAGUCGGCAAUGCCUGGGAAUGCAGCUGGCGUACUGCGAGCUUCAUGUCGCGGUCGCGGCGGUGGUGUUGCGCGCGCUGCCGUACAUGCGACUGUACGAGACGACAGACGUUGACGUGGAGUAUGAUUUCGACCUUGCUGUCUCAAUGCCGAAGAAGGGGAGCAAGGGUGUCAGACUGGAGAUGAUUUGA